AGCCAGGGACAAAAUUUGUCCCCUCCCUGACAUCCUGUGGGCACAGCAGAGUGGCCUCAGGGCUGGGUAUCUGGCAUGCUGAGGGAAUCCCAGCUCUGCUGGAGCCAGAGGGUGUUUCCCUGCAGUCAGGAUUUCAUCCCAGGGCUGUGCUGCAGUGAGGAGGGGUGAUUUUUCCUGCCCUUUCCAUCCCUAGAGCAGGGAAGCCUUUGCACCCUGACUGGAGUUAGACAGGGUGUAGAACUGAGCCUUUGCUGAGCUCUGGUGCUGCAUUUCUCUGACAGUUGACAGCCACUGACGUGGUGACACAGCUGAUACACAGGGAGGAACCCUCAGAAGGAAUUUUAGGGCCACCAGCAUGUCCUGGGGGUGACUGAGCAGCUCUGGGGCAGGGGACAGCUUGGAAGUCACUGCAGAUUGGGGAACGUGCCAGUUGGGCAGGAUGAGUGAACCCAGAAGAACGUAACAAGGUUGAAAACCCAAUCAGCCAUCAAAAUGCUAGCUUAGUGCUGAAUGUUCCCAACAAAACUCCUGACAGGUCUGUUGUGCUGGCUGUACAGAAGCCUGGUGCUGGAUUUCAGCAGCAAAUAGAAAGGAUAUUGCCCCAAAGUAAAGAUGUGUGAGAUCCUGCAUCAAUCCCGAGGCACAAACAAAGCACUUUAGGGAACUGCCGUCCUUAAUCAAAAGUUCUUCAUCCUGGAGCUAUUCGUUGCCUUGUAAAACACACAGGAGUUUUACAAGCAGGAGUUCCAGUGAUGAAACUUUAAUUUCUGGGAGCUGGAAGCACAAGCGAUGCAGGGACAGAGGUGACACCUGACGGGUCCAAACUUCCCAUCCCUCCCUCCCGCUCCAACGCUGAGCACCGCAAAGCUCUGCUUGUUCACCCCUCAGCUCCUGCAGCCAAACAGGGGCGGCUGCAGGCAGGGAAAGGGGGGCUCUGGCAGCAAAGCUGUGCCAGGAUUCCUACUCCGGGAGCUGGAAAGAGGUAAAAAUUAAAACCCAGCAAUCCUGCCCUUACUGGGGUUUGGUUCACCCGCCUGGCAGGUAACCAGGCUGCGGGCGGCAGUGGCAGCCCCGUAACCGCGGGGGCCGCAGGAAUCCGCUCCUGUUCCCUGGAAUUUGGGCAGUUUUUGUUGCACCCCUCUGGGCUCGGUUCCAGCCCGUCGCUCAGCGCGGGGCCCGCCCCCUCCAGAGGAUAUUUAAGGAGAAGCUGAUGUGCAGCUUGCUCCAAAGAGACGAGAAACUCCGAACGAGUGGGAGUCAGUCGGCAGCCUGGAUCCCUUCCCAGUGCUCGGGAUGUCUGGAAACUUGGGGACAGCGACCCGGACCCUGUUCCUGCUGCUCCUCGCCCCUGGCUGGGGAGAAGCACAGGCCUGCACCUUCCCGUGCCAGUGUCCCUCCCAGCCUCUACAGUGCCCUGCUGGCACCAGCCACGUGUUGGAUGCCUGUGGCUGCUGCAAGGUGUGUGCCAGGCAGCUGGGAGAGCUCUGCUCCCUGCACAGGCCCUGUGACCACCACAAGGGACUCUACUGCGACUUCUCCAAAACCCACAGAGGCAGCGGGAUCUGCUUAGCUCAUGAGGGUGCAACGUGUGACCUGCUGGGCAAGAUCUACCUGAACGGGGAGAGCUUCCAGCCCACGUGCAAACUGCAGUGCAUCUGCCUGGACGGCGCCGUCGGCUGCAUCCCGCUCUGCUCCGACGACCUGCGCCUGCCGUCCCCCGACUGCCCCCACCCCCGCAGGGUCAGGGUCCACAACAAGUGCUGUGAGGAGUGGGUGUGUGAGGAGGGCAGCGACAACGACCUGGGCACGGCCAUGGCGGUGUUCAGGGAGGACCCAGCCCAGAAGCCUGAGCUGAACAACCUGCAGGAGAACUGCCUGGUGCAGACCACGGCGUGGAGCGCGUGCUCCCGGAGCUGCGGGAUGGGCAUCUCCACCCGCGUCACCAACGACAACCCCCAGUGCCGCCUGGAGAAGGAGACCCGGCUCUGCAUGGUCCGGCCCUGCGACUUCCCCAUGGAGAAAACCAAGAAAGGGAAGAAGUGUGUGAGGACCCCAAGGCCACGCCAGAGCCUCCACUUUGAGUUCUCGGGGUGCACCAGCACCCGCUCGUACCGGCCGCGGUUCUGCGGGAGCUGCUCGGACGGGCGGUGCUGCACCCCCGACCUGACCAGCACCGCAGACGUGGAGUUCCACUGCCCCGAGGGGGACUCCUUCCACAGGAAGAUGAUGUUCAUCAAGGUGUGCUCCUGCCACUAUGACUGCCCCCGGGACAACGACAUCUUCCUGGCCACCUACCACAGGCGGAUGAUCGGGGACCACGUCAGGAGCGAGCGGCAAUAGCCCUCCCCGGGCCGGAUCCGAGGUGUCGGGAGGGAUCUGAGGGGCUUUGGUGACUGUGUCGCAGGACAAUGCAGCCUCUGCCCCUCUGUGAGGGGCUAUGCUCUCCAGAGCAGCACUGUUCACACCAGUGGUCCCAGUGAGCUGAGGGCUGGGGGGGAACAGCCCCAGCUGCUCCAGCCCUCUGACCCCCACCCACGGUGCCGCAGAGCUCAGCGAAGGAACCAGACACAGGCUCGAGCUGCAAACUUGAUCCCUGUUCCCACUGGCCAGAGGGGAGAGUGGAUCAAAGCCACGUGGCUCCAGCCUGUCUCCAGCCCAGAGCACAGUGGGUACAGCUCCUGAUUCAGAUCCCAGGAGCUCCUCCAGCAUGAACUGGGCGUGGGCCAGGCUGCCAGACCAAAACCUGUCCCCUGUGGGUGCUGCUCUGGGCAGCUUUUAGUGCCUUGAUGAGCAUUUCACAGAACCAUAGAAUGGUUUGGGUUGGGAGGGACCUUAAUGCUCAUCUUGUUCUAACCCUCUGCCAUGGGCAGGGACACCUUCCACCAGCCCAGG